CUCCUGGGUUCGUGAAAGCACGGAGCUCUGCGCUGCUCCUCCACACUAUCCGCUCUGUUCACUCACCUAAUACCGGACAACGUUAACGUUACAGUCGGAAACAAAACUCUGGAGACCUCUCCGUCUCCCGCUGUGAACAGGACAGCCCAUCGGACAUUUGGGAGAGUGGAGCAGUGGCAGCACCAGCAUCAUCUUCUUCAAUUGGGGUUAGGAGCUAGGCGUGAACUCCACAUCUAAUAGAAUCGUAUUCAGUGUGUGCACCAUGGCGUCUAAACCUCACCCUCCUCUGAUGAAGAAGCACAGUCAGACAGACCUGAUAAGCCGCCUGAAGAGCCGGAAGAUCCUUGGAGUCGGUGGUGAGGAUGAUGAUGGCGAAGUGCACCGCUCAAAGAUCAGUCAGAUGCUCGGAAAUGAGAUGAAGUUUGCAGUGCGAGAGCCUAUCGGGCUGAGGGUGUGGAUACUGAUCUCAGCAGUGGGUUUCACAGUUAUGGCCCUGAUGGCCCUGGUGUUUCCCAACCAGCUAUACGAGGUUGUUUUUGAGGAGGAGCUCUCCACAAUUAACAUCUCCAUUCGCCUUUAUGGAGGAGCGCUGCUUAGCCUGGCCCUCAUCAUGUGGAAUGGCCUCUACACAGCAGAGAAGAUCGUCAUCCAGUGGACUCUGCUCAGUGAAGCCUGCUACUUUGCUGUCCAGUUUCUAGUGACAUCCAUCACCUUAAUUGAGAUCGGCAUCCUGCCCAAUGCUGCCAUGCUCCUGCUCCUCAGUCGAGUGCUCUUCCUUGUGGUCACCAUGGCUUACUACUACCACCUGGGCCGUAAGCCGAAGAAGAUCUGAGCUAACUGUGCGAUACUUCCAGGGAGGGGACAGCUGAGCACAGAUCACAAACGUGGGGUCAGAAGGUUUGGUUAUUUGAUUGGGGCAUGGAGCAUUACUUUGCCAUUGGAUGCACUCUGCCCCCUUCCAUGGGACCUAGCCUAUUAUAACCCCCAGUAUUCAACAGAUGAGCACACAUUCCAGACUCUACAACAAGAACAAGAAACCUCAUAGUGAAAGUGAAUCACUCUUUCAGUGGGGUGUGAGGUCAAGUCCCUCUUGACACACAUUCCUCUUUUGUUCAGUUCUGAGUGCUGUUAUUAUAAAGAAGGAACUUGCAGUUUGUAGUGCAUUGUGUUCUUGGCGUCACCUAGUUAUAUGAUUUAAAAUGUACAGUACAGAGUCAUUUCAUCUACAUGAUUCCCAAAUUCAGUAUUUAGUGUUAUUUGAUAAGUUGCAUCUUGACACAGCUUCUUAAUCACACUCAAGGACCAAGAGUUUGUGUUAUAAUGUGUUUUCUGUUUGAUGGUAACUCAUAAUUUUAUGUAUGCUAAAGUGAAGCCUGAAUAUCUGUGCUCUUGCAUGCUUCUCUGACAGCUCCCCAGUGAACACACUGAAUGGAAAAAGCAUCAGCUGGGCUUAGUGUAAGAUUCAGGUGCAGUCAGAUAAGCGAAAACUCCUAAUGGUCAGUUUUUACUCUGUCAUGCCCUUCAAUCAUAUUCAGAUUUAGACUACCCCCAAAAAAAAACAGAAUCUAAAAAUUUUUCAGGGACAGAAAUAUUUUUUUUUAUUCCUCAAGAUCAAGAAGUUCUACCAAAGUGAAGUUUUGUACAGAGUAUUUACACUACUGAGAUUAAUACAUUAGUAAUGUUGACAAAUGCACACGUGAACUGACUCAUAGAAGCGAAGCAAUGUAGUUUUCUCAUUGUCGUGCGUGUGCACUGGUAGGCAGGACUUUAGCCUGAACGAUCUUACAGAAAGUAUUUAACAUUAUAACCUUUACUGUAAAACUAGUGUCACAAGCCGAGCAUGUCAGUGUGUAGGACAAACAAACCCCUGCUGGUUCCUCUUCAGUGAUGUAGCACAGUUUUUUACGCGCACCAUAUCCUUAGCCUUGCCUUAAAACUACUUAAAAGAAAAGUCAUCAACACUGCAUCCUACUUCUUGUAUAUAUGUAAAUAAAAGUAUUUACUAUGACGUGGUGUUCUUGUGAACCGAACAGGGAACUUGUUCAGUAUUAGUGAAAUGAUUUUCAAAGGUUGAUCUUUCUUUUGGCGUGUGUUAUUUUAUACCUAUUUAAGUGACAUUGUGUUUUUUGACGUCAUGCAUGCAAUAUAAUCCAGCAAAAGAAAUAGCUCAAACUGUGUAGCAAGCUGCCACCAAUACAACACAAAGCAGAUAAAUACAGACGUUAAUGGGGGUGAAUGGAUGGUAAAAGUGGCAAAAAGCCAAAAACAGGACAAUUUUAAUUAACAAGGCAAUAAAAAUAAAUGUGCUUCAAAACAGAUAUUGCCCAACGUUUGACAGUUUUCACCCAAUUUAUACGUUUAAUACAUUUUCUACCUCCCGAUACUUGGCACGCCCUCAGGUACGUGACAUCCCAGCUCACUGUUUUAGAGCUGUGCCAGCAAAUGCUAAUUUGUCAACUCUGAUCUCUGCACAUCAUCCACCUACGGACAGUCAAAAAGACACCCUAAAGACAGUUGAAGUCGUUUUGUAAAUUUAACUUGAAAUAUUAUUUUAAGUCGAACAAGAAACAUACUGUAGGUCUCCUCCAAAGGUGGUCCAUGUUGUUGGAAAUGACCACGUUCAGUCCUGGCCCAGAAGGGAGUGGUCCUGAGGUCGGAGUGAUUGAGGGUUUGCAGUUGCGAGUCCGGCACUGAAGGCAGAUGUGCUUGUUACUUGGGUGAGCUUUCAGUUCAGAUAGGGAAUGUGAAACAUGGGUGAGGUCUCCCAGACUCCUGAAAAGUUGUAAUUACCCCUUUUCCAGUGUUUAAUUAGAUGCAGCUUUCCAGAGUGACAUUGUGUGCCCCAACCUACUGCUCUGUCCUGACUAGCAUGGUAAUUAUGGAGUUCAAGAAAAAUGUCAUUCCAUUUCCGUCGAUACUACAGGCCUCAAAUCAUCAUCCUGGUGAAAUGAAAAGGGUCUGUUAAGCAGGUUAUUUUAGGAGAGAUGGGCAGUUUUGGGGGGACGAGCAGAAGAAGGGAGGCGAAGAAGCGAUUUCUUUGCCUCCCUUCGCCUCUUUCAUCCUCCUGGUUCUCUGACGUAAAUUAGUCAAAAACAUUGGUAAGUUGAGUCCUUGAUAUUUUAGAGGAAUGGUGAGUUGAGCUAUUCAUUCCUUCUGAUGUAGAUCCAACAUAUAUUGUACUGUUGUGAAUAGCAUACCAGGUCAAACUGUUUCAAGUUGUAGCAUUGUGUUUUUAUGUAUAUAUGUGCUAUAUUGUACCUCAAAAAUUAAUUGUUAUGAAUUUUCACAAUUUAGUUUGAAAUAAAGGACACUAUUGUUUAUUUUGAA